UAUCUCUUAUCUUUGACGCCGGAUUCAAUUUUUCGAUUUCCUGUACUUGAUCCUACAGCAACGUUGAAUCUAAGCAGCACAAUGGCCGAAGUAGCAGCAGGGGCGUGGGUAGCAGCAGAAGUCGUCGAGCAUACAGCAGAAGCAGGCUACGCGGCCUAUCUUGUCUCCAAGCCAACACUACCUAUAAAGGUGGCAUUCACACGCAUAGCUACGGCAACAGGCGAUCCAUCAGCACGCUCCCUGGCCCGCUCCAACCACACAGUUACAGUGAUUGGCAACAAGGCCUACCUAUUCGGUGGCGACACUGCAAGUAAUGUUCUUGCGAGUAACGAUGUUCAUGUGAUUACUAUCGAGCGUUCUGGAAAGCCGGAAAUGGACUACAGUAUGAUUCCCGCGUUGGCAAUAUCCGAGAAUCAGCAGACACCCCCGGCAAGAUCCAACCACGCAGCCUGUGCUUUCCAUGGAAACAUUGCUGUCUAUGGUGGCAGCGAUUCAAAUGGAACUCUUAUUGACGAGAAAUCUUCCAUCUGGCUUUUUGGUCCUGAAAGGAAGACCUGGGAUCUCCUUGAACCGUCCAAAGGGGAUGUCGAUACCGGCACCAUUGGCCCAGGACCACGUCGAAACGCAAACCUAUUCACAAACGAUCAGUAUGUGAUACUCUUUGGUGGAAUCGACGGCUCCGGUGAUCAUGCAUCAGACCUCUGGCAGUUCGACAUUGCAGCCCGUUACUGGACACAGCUCCCCACGGCGCCGGUAGCGACGUCGAACGCAUCGCUGGCAAACAGACAGCUAUGGUUGAUAUCUGGUAACGACCCGAUGAGUAGCCAACUUCAUCACAUCAGUAUCAACUCUCCAAGCGAGGAAAAGAAGUGGGAGUCCUUUACCUUCCCGACCAACCCCCUUGCACCAGGACCGCGAGCAAGACACGACGGCGCUCUGCUUCCCGUCACAACUGGCUGGGGCCGUAAUUACCUCGUUUACCUCUUUGGAGUCCGAGGUGACUCUGAUUCAGAAACCCAGGUCCUAGACCCAGAAGAUCCUAAAGAUGCGGGUCAAGUAACGCAGUUUAGUGAUACAUGGGCCCUCCAGAUCCCGUCGAGCGACUUGGAGCCAAAAGCAUCUAUGACACUUAAAAAUGCAAUCAACCCUGCAAAACUCAAGGAUGCUAUCAGAUCUGCUGUAGGUGCUGAGACCGGCCAUCUCUCAUGGGCAGAAGCAGUGGUGCAGCUUCCGUCAGACAAGCAACUAGACGAGGAUGGAAAGCUGCACCCCGGUCCACGAGCUUUCUUUGGCGCAGACGUGAUGGAAGGUGGUAGCAGUGUCGUAUUCUGGGGUGGAGUAGACGCAAAAGGGGAAAGAGUAGGCGAUGGCUGGAUAGCAAAAUUUGACUGAGCAAAUCCCACAUAUCCAAACCCAUCAUGUACACUAUCAAC